UUCUCAGUUUGUUUCUGCUGGGAUAUGAGUUUGACAGGUCGUCGCUCAGUCGCAGCGGCAGCCACGAGGCGUCUGGCACCCGACCACCGCACGGGCACAAGCACUCAGGACGAUCGUCACUCGACGACGAGCAUGGCAAGCACAUUGAACGCGGCGCAGCGACGCACUGCGACUCGGACCACGAGCGACGACGACGACGAAGACCAAGACCAAGACGAUCAAGACGACGACGACCACCACCACCACCACCACCACCACCAUCACAGGGGUCGACAUGGCACAACAAGCACUGCAGCAGCGAUGGCAAUGACUGCGAGCACGCGUCCAGGGCGACGGGCACCCGAGCAGAGAACGAUCAACGCAAGGGCUGCAAAGCGAACAAACGACGACGUUGCUCGCAUGCAAUCUCAGGACAAUGGUGAAGACGAUCAAGAUAGUGAGAAUGAUGAUGAAGAUACGGAACAAGACACUCGAGAAGACGGACGCAAUUCCGAGAAUGAUGCAAUGGACCAAAGCUCGUACCAGUCUCGAAGCUACGUCAAUCCGAGAGAAGCGCCGUCCGCGCGAACACGAAGCAAGACAACCGUGACAGAGACAAAGACAGCGGCGUUGAGCGCGCGAUUCAAAGCGAAAACGCAAGGCUUGUCGGACACGACGCGCAUUACCUCCAAGCGAAGAGCGGAAUCACAAUCGCCCGAACGCGACAAUGGGAAUGGGAGGAGCACGCAAUCCAGAAAGCGUCCGGCCAUCGUGUCCACUCCUCGAGAUCGGAUUGAGAUGAACAAGGGAAGCGUGUCCGAGACAGAGGAGGAGCCGGAUGAUCGGAAAGAAGUCGUUCUGACACCAAAACAGCAAGCUCUGUCGCGAUUUGGCGUCGCUCGUCUUGCUCUUGAGCUGGAUGCCGUGCCGGAACAUGUGCCAUGCCGCGACACUGAGCACACUGCAAUUUUGCGAUUCUGGCACACUGCGUUGCAAGCGGCCGCCUCUGGGGCUGCGGCAACGCGAUCGCUGUAUAUUUCUGGUGCCCCUGGCACUGGCAAAACUGCUAGUGUAACCGAGCUUGCCAAGUCCAUUCCACCAUGGGAAUCCGAGAAUCGGCUGCCACACUCCAAAACCAUCUACAUAAACUGCAUGUCACUGAAAGACCCGAGCGAGCUCUACGGCUGCAUUAUGACGCAGUUGGCCAAACUCCAUGGAUCUGGUACGCAGUACAGAAAGUCCACUGCGGCAGAGUGCCUUGCUGCACUCGAGCGGCGGCGUGAUAGCACCACUCUGAUUCUGGACGAGAUGGACCAAUUGGAAACGCGAACGCAAGAAAUCCUGUACAAGCUGUUUGAAUGGCCAACGCUUCCGGGGUCUCGGGUGAUCCUUAUUGGCAUUGCCAACGCUCUCGACUUGGUGGAUCGCACAUUGCAGCGUUUAAAGGCGCAAAACUGCCCUCCAGAAGUGCUGAAUUUCCCGCCAUACUCUGAGCCACAGAUUUCUGGCAUUAUUGCUGAUCGGUUGAGCGGCCUGGCCGCCCGGAACUCUGGCGCUGUGAUUGACCCUGUUGCAAUCAAACUGUGCGCUGCCCGCAUUGCUGCGUCUUCUGGGGAUGUACGUAAGGCGCUUGAUAUUUGCCGAAAGGCAAUCGCAGCGGUCGAGACCGAGGUCCGAGUCGGCACGCUGGCAUUCGAAACUGCCAAAGUGGACAUCACCCGGAUUGCCUCUACCUUUGGCUCGCGCGAGCUGGAGCGACUGCAGCGAAUUCCCAUCCAGCAAAAGCUAUUGCUAUGCGCUAUGCUGGCGUCUUUUCGGGAAAAGCCAGCCGAGCUUGGCAAGGUGUUCGACUCGUAUUGUCAGACGUGUCGGAAUCGCGGAAUUGCUCCCGCGACGUGGAGCGAGUUCUGCGACAUUUGCAUGGCGUUGGAGAAUUGCAACAUGAUCGUUCUCGCAAAAGCGAAAGAAAUGCGCAAGCGCAUGACCUCGCUGAACGUUACGCACGAAGACGUUGCGUUUGCACUGAAAGACACGCCUAUCGUGCGCACCUUGCUUUCCGAGAUUGAGCGCUCCGAUCGCUCGCUGUCGGAGAACCAGGGCGAAAUUGAGCUUUGACAACAUGAUUCAUUGUUCCAUGACAUCCCGAGUGUUGUGCAAUUGUUUUUUUGUUGUUUUGUUUUCUUCCAUACAGACAAUGCUUCAACCUAA